AUGCCACCUUCGCAGCUCGCAACCCUACCCAUCGCAGCCAAUGCUUUUGUUACCCUCUUUGUUGGCUUUGGAAUCAAUGCGAUACUGCGUCCCGAACAUGCACUCACUUUCUUCGAGUGGACCCUUCCCGCCAACAUCGCCGACGCCGAGACAGUCAGCAGCUUGACAGCCAUCUACGGAGUCCGUGACAUCUUCAUGGGCCUUGCUCUCUACUCAGCUGCCAUCUGGGGCACUAAGAAAUCUUUGGGCUGGACUUUGAUUGCGGCGAGCGCCGUCGCCUUUGCUGAUGGCUGUAUUUGCUACACCCACGGGCAGGGACAUGGAGAUCAUUGGGGAUAUGCACCGUUACUCACGAUAGUUGGCACGCUGCUGACUGGUCUAUUUGACUGA